GUGAACUGUAAACAGCAGACAGAAAAGACGUAACAUUACUUGUGAAUCAUCGGUGCAGAUAUAAUAGCUAACAGAACGGGCCAGGGAUAUAUAAUAUAUAUACAGUUAUGGCCAUUGAAGGAUGAAGAAGAUACAGAACAAUUUUCUGUAUCCAGGAGCAGCUGGGAUUUAAAUAACUGUAUGUGCAGGUACCACAGUCCAUUACUUGUCAGAUCUUACAGAUAAUGACACACCUAAUAAUGUUCGUCUAAUGGUCUACUCAAAUUCCAUUGGUUGGAACAUUAAUGGGGAACUUUGACCUCAGACGAAUUAGAUAUUCAUAAUGGGUAGCAGCGCCAGCUCUGAACAACUUAACAAAUCUCCAAGUAGAAAUGGAAAGACACCACAGCCAGCCAGUGCCAGGACAACUGAAUCUAGGCGCAGAAACAGAGGGUUUGAGGAGGUGGAGUUCCAACACAAUGGACAGCAACUACAAGUUCAAGAUGACAUUAUAUUCGAGACAUUUACACACCAAAAUGGUCGUGAUUACCCAUGUAUCGUUCAGCAAGGUCAAAGGUUUUAUUUAGACUCCUGGGAAACACAGGAAUGGCAACCAUUUCCACGAGAAUGGUACAACAAAGGCAAACUUGAGAGAGAAGGGAAAAUUGAGGAUGAGUCUGUCUCGCCCCCCAAUCAGUAUAACGAUCAGCCCAGCACUUCAUCUCGUGUUGUUGAUAGGGACAUUGAUGCUAUAGAUGUGUCAGGUGGUUUUAAUACGCAACAAGAUGACAGAGAAGGUAUCCUCAAUCAUCCA